AUGAGCGAUUGUGAUAGAGCGAGAGAGAGGGAGAGAGAGGGAGAUUGAGCGAGGGAGCGCUAGAGUGAAAGGGAGAGAGGGACACAUGAGAUAGAGAACCGAGGUACUUUAACUCUGGAUACCAGCUCCAAACACCGGAGCGAUGAGGAUGCUGUUUGUCGUCAUGGCGACGGUCGCAGCCCAUCUCUCGUCUGCUUCUGAAAUGUACGGCACGGUGCGUUCUCCGAACUUCCCCGAGGCGUACCCCCGCGACACCGAGCUGCGCUGGAACAUCAGCGUGCCACGCGGAUACCAUGUCCAGCUGUACUUCACUCACUUCGAUCUGGAGCCCUCCUACCUGUGUGAAUAUGACUUUGUCAAGGUGGAGGUGGAGGAGGAGGUGCUGGGGCUGUUCUGUGGCCGGGAGGUGUCGGACACGGAGCGGGUCCCGGGGAUGGGGGCGCUCUCCUCCUCUAACAACCUCCUCAGCCUCCUCUUCCGCUCUGACUUCUCCGACCAGGAGAACCAUGCUGGCUUCCUGGCUCACUACGCAGCCGUAGAUGUGGACGAGUGCCAGGAGAGGAGUGACGAGGAGCAGUUGUGUGAUCACUUCUGUCACAACUUCAUCGGAGGAUACUACUGCUCCUGUCGCUAUGGUUACCUGCUGCAUACAGACAACCGUACCUGCCGAGUGGAGUGCAGCGGGGGGGUGUAUCGCACGCGGACCGGGGGGUUCAGCAGCGUGGACCACCCCCUCCCGUACCCCAAAAGCUCAGACUGCAGCUACAGCAUCCAGGUGGAGGAGGGCCUGGUGGUGGAGCUGCUCUUUAACCCCACCUUCGACGUGGAGGACCACCCUGACCUGCCCUGCCCCUACGACUACAUCCAGGUGAUUGCAGGAGGCAGAGAGUUGGGUCGGUAUUGCGGAGGACGUUCCCCUGGUCGGGUUGUGACUAAGAGCCACCUGGUGUUGGUCAACUUCCACACAGACGACUCAGGAGACAACCUGGGAUGGAGUCUCACCUACACCACUACAGGAAGUCAGUGUCCGGUUCUGUUGAGUCCUGCCAAUGGCCUGCUGAAUCCCAUCCAAUCAGAAUACAGCUUUAGAGAUCACGUCCUGGUUACCUGUCUGCCUGGAUACAAGCUGCGGAAGGGUGAAGAGUAUCUGGACCACUACCAGUUGGACUGCCAGAAAGACGGGUCAUGGAGCAGUGAUGUUCCACAGUGUCAAAUGGUGGAUUGUGGGAGUCCGGAGGUGCCGCCCUUGGCUCGUGUGGUGUUUGGUAGUCAUGACAACAGCACACGGUUUGGCGCUACCAUGCAGCUCAGCUGUGAAGGAGACGCCUUCCAGCUCCAGCCCAACAUCACCAGUUCCUACAACUGUUCUGAAGGAGGAAUUUGGACAAACUCAGAACUUGGUACCGACCUGCCGACCUGUAUCCCAGUCUGCGGCCUGCCGUCCCGCCCCCUGGCCCAGCAGCAGCGCCGGGUGGUGGGGGGCCGGGCCGCGCCCCCGGGCCUGGUCCCCUGGCAGGUGCUGCUGGCCGUGGAGGACGCGUCCCGGGUCCCCGCCGCCCGCUGGUUCGGGGCCGGGGCCCUGCUGUCGGAGCGCUGGGUUCUCACCGCCGCACACGUCCUGCACUCCCAGAGGAGGGACGCCAGCGUGGUGCCCCUGGAGACCGAACACAUCACGGUGUUUCUGGGUCUCCAUGACGUCAGGGAUAAGCAUCGCUCAACCCGGCGUUCGGUGGACCAGGUUCUUCUCCAUCCAGACUUCCAGCCCCUCAACUACAACAACGACAUCGCCCUGCUGAGGCUGGACCGCCCGGUCCGCUUCACGGGGCUGAUCCGGCCCGUGUGCCUCCCCAAACCACACGGCCAGGACGACUGGCCGACUCCCCUCCCCAACACCCUGGGACUGGUGGCAGGCUGGGGCAUCUCCUCCCCCUCCAAAGCGUCCUCCGGUCUGACCUUCCACCCCAGCCUGACCUCCGACCCCAACACGACCUCUGAGACGCUGCAGUACGUGAAGCUGCCGGUGGUGGAGCAGGCGGAGUGUGAGGCGAGCUACGCCUCGCGCUCCCUCGCCUACAACAUCACCCGCAACAUGUUCUGCGCCGGCUUCUACGAGGGGGGCCGUGACACCUGCCUGGGGGACAGUGGGGGGGCGUUCGUCAUGCAGGAUGAGGGGCAGCAGAGGUGGGCCGUGUUUGGCCUGGUUUCAUGGGGGGGGCCCGAGGACUGUGGGAGCCAGAGGGUGUACGGGGUCUACACCCGAGUCUCCAACUACAUCAGCUGGAUACUAACUCAUCUGGAUACUGACUGACCUGGAUACUAUCUCACCUGAGUUUGAAGAUCUUUACACACUCCUUUAUUAUUACCUCAUAAUAAACCACUUCACAGCCACUACUGCAGUAUAGUAGUGUCCUAUAGCUCCAUUUAAUAGGUUAGCUUCAUUUAAAAGCUUUGUUUUUUAUACUGUAGAAUAUGCUAGCUUCAUAUAGUAGCUUAGCUUUGCAUAUUGUUAAAUAGGCUAGCUUUCUGUAAUAGCUUAGGUUUUUUUUAUAAUUUAGCAAAGGCUAGCUUUAAAUCAUAUGUCAUAGAUGAGGGAGAAAGAGAGAAGAGGGAUGAGAAAAUAAGCUAUUUGGUUCUCUGAAGAGUCAUAAUGUCCAAAAGCUAAACUAUGUGGCAGCUAAAUAAGCUAGCAGCUACUGUACCAGGUGCUGUUCACAUUGAGGCUUUUUUUGAGGAAACUGUUGUUAAGCCUACUUGGAUAUUAAACUGAGACAAUUAAUUGAUUCUAUAAACAUUUUUGUACUGAAAGUAAAAACAACAU